AUGUCGGCUUUAAAGUCGAGGAAUGAGUCCGAAGUGAAGGCAUUAAAAGCACAGCUCAAGUCAGUUAUCGAUUCAAUUGAGACAAUGACUGAAGAGAUCAAUGAUUUAAAAGAAAAGUUUUUGAACAAAAUAUUUGAUAAAAGUGGUUUGAGUGAUGGGUUGCGGGCAUUGAAAGCAUCCAAACUUACCGUUGAAUCCGAUGUCAAACAAUUGGCUCAACAAAUGAAUGCACAGAAUAUAAGAUGUCCAGCGAGUGAUUUCUCUUCAAGUACUCCAUCGAUCGGAUCCCACAAUCAAUUGACCACUAAUACAGACAAAAUCAGUGAUGAUAUCUAUAUUCAGGAAACGUUUCAGAAAAUUGAGAAUCAAAUUAAAACACAAUACCAAAUGACAUACACUUUAUUGAAGGCUUUGGUUAUAGAAAAUGAGUUAUCGUUGACAGCACUCGAAGACAUCAGACAAUUAGCCGAAGACUCGGAUGACAGCGAAUCCAUGGCUAAUGUUGAUUCACAUCCCAAUUAA